AUGUCCACAGAAAACAAAGUGCAGAUCCCGUAUGUCCGUCUUGGAACUUCUGGUCUCAAGGUAUCAAGAUUGAUCUUAGGUUGCAUGUGUAAGUGUUCUCCUCACAUCUGUGUUCAGCAGCUGAAAUCAGCUCAAUUGAAGCGUAUGGAACACCCGAAUGGCAACAAUGAGUACUCGAUGAGAAGACCAGUAUCGAACAUAUCAGAUAUGCUUACGAAGCUGGGAUCAAUACUUUUGAGUGAGAUUCCAUCCUAUCCAUACCAGAAGGCCAUCGCUCACGGGGAACUCAGUACCGCAGAUGUGUACUCUGGAGGUGUGUCUGAGGAGGUACUUGGCAAAGCUAUCAAGGAGAUCGGUGCCCCAAGAGAGAGCAUCGUAGUUCUCACCAAGCUUUUCAACCCUGUCAUCCGACCAGGAUCGGGAGCAAAAGUCGAUCCCAACGGUAGAGGGCUUAGUCGAAAGCGAUUACAACUUGAUUAUAUUGAUGUACUACAACGUCAUCGAUUCGACUACGAUACACCUAUUGCCGAGACGAUGCAAGCUUUACAUGAUGUGGUUGAGAAAGGCUGGGUCAGAUACAUUGGAAUGUCAAGUUGCUGGGCCUACCAAUUCCAGGCCAUGCAAAACUAUGCGAUCAACAACAAGUUGACCCCAUUCAUUAGCAUGCAGAACUUCCACAAUGCUGCGUAUAGAGAGGAGGAGCGCGAGAUGAUGCCGACGCUCAAACUGCUCAAUGUCGGCUGUAUCCCUUGGUCCCCCCUUUGUCGUGGUUUCUUAUCUAGACCGUGGAACGCGGAAGAGACUGUGAGAGUUAAGACCGAUGCCAACUAUAAAGGGCGGGGGCACGACAAACCUGAUGAUUCUCGUAAAGCCAUCAACGAGCGGGUCGAAGAGGUUGCCAAGAAGAAGAGGAUCAGUAUGGCCCAAGUAGCACUGGCUUGGUCGUUGAGCAACGAUUUCAUCACUGCUCCUAUAGUCGGUUCUACCAGUCUUGAUAAUUUGAAAGAGCUCAUAGGCGCUCUUGAUGUCAAACUCACCCCUGAAGAGAAAGCUUACAUCGAUGAGCCAUACGCUCCUAGUCUGGACAUGUGUAAGAGGCAUGAAUGA